AUGACUGAAGACUGUGUACAGAGAAUCAUCAAGGUGGGAAAGAAAAUUCUGCCAUCGGUUCUGACUAGAGGGAUAGAGAUAGAUGUCAAUUAUACCAUAAUGUGGAAUGAAGAGUUGGUAGGCAAAAGCAAAGAUGAGCUACUUUUGAGAUGCUUAGGAAAAGAAGAACACAUGAAAGUCAUAGGAGAAGUCCAUGAUGAGAAAAAUGUGUUGGUUGAUCAGAAGGACUGCAUAGAAUAUUCCAAGGGAUGUGAAGCUUGUCAAAGGCAUGGUCCAAUCCAGCAGGCUCCCUCAAUCCCCAUGAACCCAGUCAUCAAGCCAUGGCCAUUCAGAGGAUGGGCAAUGGACCUCAUUGGCAAGAUUUAUCCAGCCAGUAGAAAACAUCACUGUUUUAUCAUAGUGGCUACUGAUUAUUUCACCAAAUGGGUGGAAACCAAGCCAGUCAAAUCUACCACAUCCCAAGAGAUCAUUACCUUCAUAGAAGAACAGAUUCUGCAAAGGUUUGGCAUACCAGAAUCAAUCACCACUGACAGGGGAAGUUCCUCCAUAUCCAGAGAAACGCUAGACAUGGCAGAAGCAUUCAAGUUCAAAUUACUUCAAUCCACCCCUUAUUAUGCCCAGGCUAAUGGGCAAGCAGAAUCAAGCAACAAGGUUGCUGGUUAUGGAAAGUGGUCACCUACAUGGGAAAGACCUUUCAUAGUCAAGCAAGUCCUUGGAUUGGGGGCAUACAGGUUACAAGACCAAGAUAGGGACAUCUAUGCAGUGCCAACCAAUGGCAAAUGGUUAAAGAAGUUCUAUCCUACCAUGUGGGAUUCAUAG